AUGGAUGCGUUAUUAAAGGAAACAGAGUAUGAUAUUGUUCUUAUAGGUACUGGUAUCGUGGAAUCAAUCCUGGCAGGAGCAUUAGCUCGAAUUGGCAAGAAAGUAUUGCAUCUCGAUCAGAAUGAUUACUAUGGCAGCAAUUACGCAUCAUUUACAUUGAGUCAAUUUCUUCGAUGGACAAAUAAUAAAGUUAUUACUUGUCACAACUUUAGUAAUGAGAGUGAUCAAGUUCAUUGUACAACGGACAAUGUAUUUACAAUUGACAAGGAAAAACAUCGGAUACUGCUAAUGAAAAGCUCAUUUACGUGUCAUUUACUGGACGAGCGUUUUGCGAACGAGACGACGAAAGAAGAAUUACUACGGCAGUCGUCGUGUUUUAAUAUUGACGUAAAUCCACGGCUCAUGCUAUCGUCAGAGCAGCUUGUAGAAACUUUAAUUGCGUCGGGUGUGGGGAGAUACCUAGAAUUUGCAGCUAUUGAGCGCACUUAUGUGCAUUUUCAACCAUCAGUGUCUGGAACUCAACAGCUUGAAAAGGAUCUCAAGUUGGAUACGGUUUGGGAAGUUCCUUGCUCCAAGAAAGAUGUAUUCCAGAGCAAAUUGCUAAAUACGGUGGAGAAGCGGCAAUUGAUGAAAUUUUUGCAGUUUGUAGCGGAUUACGGGGAGACGCAUAUUUUACACGAGGACGUAAAGACGAAGAACGAGCGGAUGUUAGCGCUUGGACGUGCGCUGAAGCGGCCACAAAACAAGAUCAAUCAGGUGGAUGGAGAUACAAUGAUCGCGGCAUACGUCGAACGUCCGUUUCAGGAGCUACUAGAAAAACACUUUAAGCUUUCCACUAAAUUACAAAUGGUGGUCGUAUACUGCGUCGGGCUCGCAACUUUUCCUGCCACCAAGAACCAGAUCUCGGCUCGUGACGGACUUGCUGCAGUCUAUCGCUAUGUGGCGUCAAUAGGACGCUUCACAGGUACCGCCUUCUUGGCACCACUGUAUGGCAUUAGCGAGCUUGUGCAGAGCUUCUGUCGGCUUUGUGCUGUGUACGGUGGUACCUACGUUCUUUGUGCUCCAGUUGAUGGAUUCGUGCUGAAUGCUGGGACGAAUGUAGUCAGCGGCGUGCACUGCAGCGAUGGCAGUGUGCUGCGGACGAAGCACGUCGUGACCAACGGUAGCUACGCUGGUUGUCUUCGCCUCACCGACGGUGAAACAUUGCCACGCGUGCACGGUCAGAUAUUACGAGGUGCGUUUGUGCUGAACACAUCUCUACGCGAUGGUAUGAACCGCAUUGUGCUCAUUAUUCCACCCGAGGAUAGCGAAUUCUGCAACCCGUUUGCUAUUCAAGUUGUGCAGCUUGAUGCUGGGGCGUAUGCAUGUCCGAGAGGGUACUUUCUCGUGCAAAUAUCGAUGCCAUUGCCAGCUGAAUGGUUGAACCAAAUGAAGAAACAGCGAGAGCUUUUACAAUCCGUUAUCCGUAGACUUAUUCUGAGUUCGGAGACAGAGCUGCAUCAGAAGCAGAACAAAGCAGACGCCAAGAUGACUUUUCCUCAGGCCACCAGCGAUGAUAUUACGGAGACAGAAGCAGCCACUAAUAUAGCUCAGACAUCAGCAGCGAGCGUCGAUACUUCAUACAAGCCAAAUUGGAGCAACCGGAUUGCAUGGCAAGCCAUUUUUACAAUGGAUCAUAUUGUUUCCAGCGACGAUUCCAAUAGCAGUGCCCACACAAAGAACAUAGACCUUCCCGCAAACGUGUGGGUUUGCGAAACGCCCCCCUUCGACUCGGACUGUAAUUUGGAUCCCAUCCAACAGAAAUCGUGUGGCAAUGCUGCCAGACCUCUAGAGAUCCACCUGGAGAGUGCAAAUGCCAACGCCCGUGCCAUCUUCGAGGUACUUUGUCCUGGUGAGCCUUUUUUGCCCAAGAGCGCAAGUGCCGAACAAGCUGAGCAAGACGAGCAAGAGGACGAGGAGAACGCAGUGUUGCGAGCCGCACGAAAGCUGGCGCUGCAAACACAGCUAAAGGGAAAGCAAACUGUAAGUAGCAUUGGAGGUGUUACCGAAAGCCAAGCUGUCGCCAUUGUAGAAAAACGUGGCGACAACGAUGAGGUGUCUCGUGUCAGUGAACCGGACACUUCUAGCAAGGAGGGCAGCCAUGAACUAACUGGUUUGAAGUAA